AUGUCUAGAGACGGGCGUAUACAUAAGUUUGGAUGUGUGUCUCGGGGAUCAGGUGAGGAUCUCCGGUGUUGUGGCCUUGCGAGGUCGGGUUUUUGUGGUCUUGUGACGUUUGUGUUGGGAUUCGAGGUCGAAUCCAGUUUAGUGGGGAGAGUUGUAACAUCCGUAGCCUUCUCUGGUGAUUUUUGGAGUUGCGUCGGGCGACGCAAGUGUGCGUCGGUCGACGCAAAGAUUUCAAAAUCAGACCCGCUAAGUCUUGCAAGGAACGGUUUUAGGAAGAAGAGGAACCAACUCGAGGACAACUCGAUCGAGCCAGAGCAAGCUCAAGUGACCCGGUCGAUGGAGUGCUCCUGA